AUGUUAUACAAUAACAGCCUUCCUUCAACGCUGACUUCGGCGUAUUCCAAUGCGCUUCUCGCUGACGUCGCCGCCUGCGACACUCUUGUCAAGAAUUUUCGUCCUGAUUUUUUCUAUCCCCCAGCAUCGUUGUCCCGCAUCUGUACCAAUAACUGCUCCUCGUCAUUGGCUACGUGGAUGUCUUCGGUGCGAACCAGUUGUGGAAACCAAACUGUCUUAGGCGACUUACAAGUUGAAGCUGCGGCCGUCUAUAUCCCAGGAUCGCUACAGUUCUCCUUUCAAUCAGCAUGUCUGAAAGACGAUGGUGGUCGUUACUGUGGCCCUGUUGCGGCCUUAGCAGCAGCGUUUCCUGACCCCGGAGUCAGUCCAUUCAAUUAUAUCAGCAACAUCACAGGCCAAGACCAAAAGCCUGAUGAUUGCGACCUCUGCAUUGUAGAACGGUUGCGCUUGCGUGCGGGGUCACCGUACUUUGACGGCCCUGUUGUGGCCAGCCAGUCCCUAUACGAGAGCGUGACGUCCAGUUGCAGCAUCACGGGUCGGCCCAUUUCAAAAAGCUCGCUUGGCUACUUUACCUCCACGCCAACUCCGACGGCUAGCACUUGCCAAGGGUCCAAGUAUACGGUUAAGCCUUCGGAUGAUUGCUACACCAUCUCCAAAAGCCAGGGUGUCGGCAGGGCCUGGCUAUUGGCCGACAAUAACCUCGAUGCAUACUGCAAAAACUUCCCCGCGGCGGGCACCGCGUUGUGUAUCACGAACAAAUGUACCACCGUAACGGUCGGCGUCAAUGAAACGUGCGCCGUGAUCGCAAAAAGGGCUGGUAUCAGCGAGACACAAUUUCACGCGUGGAACCCCGUAGUCAACUACGCCUGCUCGAACUUGAAACAAAUGAAUGGCUCCGAGGUGUGCAUCACUGCUCCAGGCCGCAAGUUUGUGGCACCCACAGACACGUCCGGUUUGCCGCCCAUGACACCCACUGUUCCGGCGGCGAAACCAACUGACGUGGCGAGGGGUCAGGCGGAAAGCCCUGCGGUAGGUGGCGUAAACGGGAAUUGCACCAACUUAUUCGCCAAUGAGAGCUACUGCGUGCAAGCCGUUGGCAAUAUCAAUACAUACUCGGGGCGCCCGGGUUAUAUGUCCAUCACAAUUGACCCCAAUGCUACCUUCACCGGUGCCCCAUUCACUCAACGUCCCAACGCUACGGCGUCUCCAUAUACACGACUCUACACGCCACUUCCGAUGGCCACGGGUACACGGGAUGACUGCGUGCACUAUUUUGCUGGUGAUGAUUACCAAGUGAAUGUGACUGGUUCGACUUUCGCAAACCCUUGUCUUCUCGCGGCUGCAGUCUAUGAUGUUGACCUUGAUUCAUUUGCCGCCUGGAAUAUCGGGCUCGGAAACAUAACGGCGCCCUCUUGCGCAUUUGAUAAGGGUGUAAACUACUGCGGGUCGUGGUACCUCGAAAAGCCAGAUCAGCUCGAUCCUGUCUCAACGACCAGCAGUACAGCUAGUAGCACAGCCAAUAAUACAGGAACGUCGACUGUGAGCAACACAACGACACCAACAAGUCCAACUCCUCCAGCCCCAACGAUGUCGGGCGAACCUGAAAAUUGCAAUAAGUGGGCUGUCGCCGAGAAAGGCGUGAUGUGCACGGAUAUGGCCGCCACCGCUGGCAUCUCCCUAGCUCAAUUCUUGGCCUGGAAUCCCGCUGUUAGCGACGAUUGCCUUACCAACUACUGGCUGGGAGAGGCAUACUGCGUUGGUGUGUCAUCAACGUCGGCCAAGACAACUCCCAGCUCCAAAACGCCCUCAGUUACAUUGGUAGCAGGGCCCACUGCUACAAAACCUCCCCUAUGA